ACAGGGCGCCACGCGGACCGGGUCGCCGAGCCCCGGUAGCAGUUCUGCGAAACGCGGUGCGCGCGUCUCGCUCUCGCUAACAUAAAAUAUCAGUAAAGGAUCGUUUUCAAAUUGCUACAGAGAGCAUUUGUGACCAUAAUUCAUAAUAAUAAUAAUAAUAAUGGCGAAGGAGUCUGUGAAGCUCAACACCGGUGCUGACAUGCCCCUUGUGGGUCUCGGAACAUGGAAGUCUGCUCCCGGACAAGUGACCGAGGCCGUGAAGGUCGCCGUCGCGGCGGGCUACCGGCACAUCGACGGGGCCUACGCUUACGAGAACGAGCACGAGGUUGGGGAAGGCAUCUGGGCCAUGAUCAGGGAGGGAGUAGUGAAAAGAGAGGAGCUCUUCGUAGUCAGCAAGCUGUGGUGCACCUUCCAUGAGAAGCCCAUGGUGAAAACAGCUUGCCAGAAAACUCUGAAGGACCUCCAGCUGGAUUACCUGGACCUGUAUUUGAUGCACUUCCCUAUGGGUUUCCAGCCUGGAACGAAGAUUCUUCCUCUGGACAGUGAAGGAUUGAUUAUUCCACACAACACCAACUUCCUGGACACAUGGGAGGCCAUGGAAGAACUGGUGGAUGCUGAUAUGGUCAAGGCCAUUGGAAUAUCAAACUUCAAUCAUGAGCAAAUCGAGGCGCUUCUAAACAAGCCAGGUCUUAAGUACAAGCCAGCCAACCAUCAGAUUGAGUGCCACCCCUACUUAACCCAGGAGAAGAUGAUCAGCUACUGCCGUUCCAAGGGUAUAUCUGUGACAGCCUACAGCCCCCUGGGCUCCCCCGACAGACCUUGGGCCAAACCGGACGACCCCUCUUUGCUAGAGGAUUGCAACAUCAAAGCCAUAGCUGUGAAGCACAAGAAAACCCCUGCUCAGGUGCUGCUCCGCUUUCAUGUCCAAAGGAAUGUGGCAGUGAUUCCCAAAUCUGUCACACCACAGCGUAUCCAGGAGAACUUCCAGAUCUUUGAUUUUGAACUCAGUGAAGAUGAGAUGAAAACUCUUCAAGGAUUCAACAGGAACUGGAGAGCCUGCACCAUGCAUUGGGGAGUGAAGCACAAGGACUACCCCUUUAAUGCUGACUUCUGAAGAGAAGAGGAUCUCAGGAGAUUUUUGCCUUAUCUUAUAAAUGCUUUCCAGAAGACAAGAAUAAGAUACACAAUUGCUGGUAGGCUUCACUUUGAUCAGUGCAGACACACCAGUCUUGCUUUUUAGGGUUUGAAGAGUAGCUGUGGAUUUACAUUUAUUCGUUUAGCUCGUGCUUUUCUGCGAGGCAACUUACCAUGUUAAUCUAGCUACAAUUAUUUACCCGUAUUUAACAUUUAUAUAGUAUGGUACUUUUACUGGCGCAAUUUAGGGAAGGAGUGUUGCUCAAGGAUGCUACUGCUGGUGGUGGGAUGCAAACCUGCAACAUGUAGAUUCAGAGGUAGCAGCUCUAAUCGCUACACUACCGGCUGUCCGCUACCAGAUUUGUUGCCGAAUUAAAUCUUUGAUUAUAGAAAAAUGUUUAUCCUCUUGUGUUCAAAAUUUUAUUUUCUUAGAAAAGAUCAAGAGCCCCUGGGGAGGAAUAUGACUGUGUUGCUGACAUGAGGUUUUCUGAUUUCAUCCAGUUUUUUUUUUUCCGGGAUCAGUGACUAUAUUAAAAUUGUGCUGUAUGCUAAUAUUUCAUUGUAGGAAAUUGUUGUGUACCCCAUAAGAACUCUUGCAUGAUCCAUUGUGACAGAAAUCAUAAUUCUUGUAUUUACCUUAAUAUUGUGUGCCCUUCCAAAGUGACUGGCAUUACUGUAGACAUGAGUCUAAACACCAUACAAAUACAAAUGAUUUCACCCUGGAAACAAGUAAAAAUCCAGUUCAUAAUUCUAAAUUCCUUGAUUGCAUAAGUGUUGUAUACCCUUUAUAAUGGGGGAGGUUAUCACUGUGCUCAGAUUUAAUAAGUUGUUUUCCAAACCGUGAAUAAAGGCAGUUUGCCUUGACAUGGUGAAAACUGAACUGAUUCUAAUUAAGCCCUUAAUAAAAUCAUCUAUUCCUGCA